AAUCAUUGAAGCGGAUGCACCACAAAGGCGUUCAGGAGAAUAAAACAGAAUGCUAUAAAUAUCUGCCGACCUACGUUUUUAGUAUGGGGUGUAGAAAACAUACGUACACGUAGUCUGUCAAACGAAAUACACAGUUUAUUAUUUGGAAAUGACGACAGAGGAAGUGUUUCUGCCGAUCAUUGGGUUUCAGGUCGACGAUACGACGGCAUUUCUUCGCGCUGCUCGAUCUGGAAAUCUCGAAAAAGUGAUCGAAUUCCUCGAUACCGAUCUAGACAUCAACACAGCUAAUUCGAACGGUUUAAACGCUUUGCAUUUAGCGUCGAAAGAUGGUCACGUCGAAAUAGUAACAGAGCUAUUAAAAAGGGGUGCUAAAGUCGAUGCGGCCACGAAGAAAGGAAACACCGCGUUGCACAUAGCUUCGUUGGCUGGCCAAUCAGAAAUAGUUAGCAUUCUUAUACAAUAUGGAGCAGCGGUUAAUAUUCAAUCGCAAAAUGGUUUCACGCCCUUGUACAUGGCUGCUCAAGAGAAUCACGAUCAAGUCGUUAAAUUAUUGCUCAGCAACGGGGCUAAUCAGAGUCUCGCGACAGAGGAUGGUUUUACCCCGCUUGCCGUGGCGAUGCAACAAGGACACGAUAAAGUAGUCAGCGUUCUCUUAGAAAAUGAUUCUAAAGGAAAAGUUCGACUACCGGCGCUUCACAUAGCGGCUAAGAAGGACGACUGUAAAGCUGCAGAUCUACUUUUGCAGAAUGAUCACAAACCCGACGUAACCUCAAAGAGCGGCUUCACACCUUUGCACAUCGCUGCUCACUACGGUAACGAAGAAAUAGCACGUUUAUUGAUAAAACGCGGUGCCGAUGUCAAUUAUUUAGCAAAGCAUAAUAUAAGCCCGUUACAUGUAGCUGCAAAAUGGGGCAAAAACAAUAUGGUUAAAGUAUUAUUAGAAAAUUCUGCUCAAAUCGACGCGAAAACCAAGGACGGUUUAACGCCUCUUCAUUGCGCGGCAAGGUCUGGCCACGAACAAGUAAUUACCACGCUUCUUGAACAUUCUGCGCCUAUAAGCGCGCGAACAAAAAAUGGACUCGCGCCUCUGCACAUGGCAUCGCAAGGAGACUAUGUGGACGCGGCAAGAGUACUUUUAUAUCAUCGAGCCCCUGUAGAUGAAGUUACAGUCGAUUAUUUAACUUCUCUUCACGUAGCCGCUCACUGUGGCCACGUCAGAGUAGCGAAAUUGCUUCUCGAUCGAAAAGCUGACCCUAACGCUCGCGCUUUAAACGGCUUCACGCCUUUGCACAUCGCUUGUAAAAAGAAUCGAAUAAAAGUUGUCGAACUGUUAUUAAAACAUGGAGCAUCCAUCAAAUCUACUACCGAGUCUGGACUGACUCCGUUACAUGUUGCUAGUUUUAUGGGAUGCAUGAACAUCGUGAUAUUUCUGUUGCAACACGAAGCCAAUCCUGAUGUCACAACUGUUAGAGGCGAAACACCUCUGCAUUUGGCAGCUAGAGCUAAUCAGACAGAUAUUAUUCGAAUUUUAUUACGAAACGGAGCUAAAGUUGAUGCUCGUGCAAGGGAGCAACAAACACCGCUGCAUAUUGCAUCGAGAUUAGGAAAUAUCGACAUCGUUAUGUUACUUUUGCAACACGGUGCAGCCGUCGAUACCACCACAAAAGACAUGUAUACCGCGUUGCAUAUCGCGGCCAAGGAAGGUCAGGAGGAGGUAGCAACUAUUCUCGUGGAUAAUAAUGCGUCUCUUAAGGCCACCACCAAAAAUGGUUUUACCCCUUUACAUAUCGCUGCUAAGUAUGGCAAUAUGAGCGUGGCUAAGAUACUUUUACAGAGAGAUAGCAAAUUAGAUGCUCAGGGAAAGAACGAUAUUACACCAUUGCAUUUGGCGUGUCACUACGACCACCCGAACGUCGCAAAUCUUUUAUUAGAGAAGGGGGCCUCACCCCACGUCGCUUCUCAAAAUGGACACACUCCGCUACAUAUUGCUGCUCGUAAAAACCAGAUGGAUAUCGCUUCCACGCUUUUGGAAAAUGGAGCAAACGCGAAUGCCGAAUCUAAAGCUGGCUUUACGCCAUUACAUUUGAGCGCUCAGAAGGGACAUUAUGACAUGACGAAUUUGUUAAUUGAACACGGUGCUAAUCCAAAUCAUAGGUCGAAGAAUGGUCUGUCCGCGUUGCAUCUGUGCGCCCAAGAGGAUUUUAUUAAAGUGGCAUCCAUUCUCGUGAAAAACGGCGCAAACGUGGAGAGCGAAACCGAAACUGGUUACCGACCGAUACACAUCGCGGCGCACUUUGGAAAUCUUUCGAUGAUCCGAUUUCUUUUAAAACACAACGCUAAUAUCGACGUUACGACUAAUCAGAACUAUACUCCGCUUCAUCAGGCUGCACAGCAAGGCCACGCUCACGUAGUUACCGCUUUAUUAGAAGGAAAUGCUUCGCAUAAAGCUAAGACUAAGGACGGUUUGACCGCGUUAAAUAUAGCUCAAAAAUUGGGAUACAUAUCCGUUACGGAAGUGCUGAAAGGAUUAUCUUACGACACGUUAACGCCCGAUAAUAAAAAUUGGGAUGAGAAGUACAAAGUUAUCGCCCCCGAAAGUUUGCAGGAAACUAGUUUUAUGUCCGAUUCAGACGACGAAGGAGGUUCCGAUACGUUAAUUAACGAGCAACCGUACCGUUAUCUCACGGCGGAUUUAAUGAAAAGUUUGAGGGACGAUUCGUUGCCUAUCGACGUCACCCGAGACGAUCCUAUACACAGACAAGUUACAAAAGAAGAAAAGAAAGAAUUUACACAAAGCAAUAAUUAUUGCCUAGCAGAAAACUUUGAUACCGACGGAAUUAAUUUGGGCCGAUUGCAUUUCAGAUCAUUUUUGGUAAGCUUUCUGGUGGAUGCACGAGGAGGUGCUAUGAAGGGGUGUAGACACAGCGGUGUACGUAUUAUCGUACCACCACGUAGAGCUACUAUGCCGAUUCGAGUUACCUGUAGAUUAAUAAAACCUAGUAAAGUUGCAAAUCCUCCUCCUUUAAUGGAGGGGGAGGCUUUGGCGACUCGUAUCAUAGAGAUGGGACCAAUUGGUGCAACAUUCCUAGGGCCUGUUUUGAUCGAUAUACCACAUUUUGCGUCCAUUCGAGGCAAAGAAAGGGAGAUUAUUAUUCUUAGGAGCGAGAACGGAGAAACGUGGAAGGAACAUGACAACUCGGUCGACAAUGACGAUACACUGUUGAACACACCAUAUGAUCCUCAAAUGAGUGCCACUCAUUCCGGCAGGAUUACUCGCAUAAUAACCACAGACUUCCCCCAGUACUUCGCAAUAGUAACAAGAAUAAAGCAAGAAGUCCACGUAAUCGGUUCCGAAGGUGGAAUUUUAAUAUCCAGCGUAGCCAAUCACGUUCAAGCAGUGUUCCCACCGGGAGCACUAACGAAGAAGAUUAAAGUUGGACUACAGGCACAUGUGAUUCCUGCUGAACUUACGGCAAAAUUGCUGGGCAAUUGCGUGGCCGUUUCUCCAGUGAUAACGAUCGAACCCAGAAGACGAAAGUUCCAUAAACCGAUCACGUUGACGAUACCGGUACCGCAAGCUGCGAAUAAAGGAAUGAUUAAUCAAUAUGGCGGCGAGACGCCUACGUUACGUCUCUUGUGCAGCAUCGCAGGUGGAACCAGUGAAUCGCAAUGGGAGGACGUUACUGGAUCAACCCCGUUAACAUUCAUGAACGACAGAGUAUCCUUUACCACGACCGUCUCCGCUCGAUUUUGGUUAAUGGACUGUCAGAAUAUAAGCGCAGUUCCAAAAAUGGCUACAGAAUUAUAUGAAGAAUCGUUAUUUGUACCAUACGUUACAAACUUCGUGAUCUAUUCGAAACGAAUGGACGUCCUUGAAGCUACGUUAAGAAUAUUAUGCAUGACCGAUGGAAAGGAAGGAAUUCACACGUUGGAGAAGCAAGAGGAAUUUGUUGAGAUCGUAAAAAGCCGUGAUGUUGAAGUACUCGAUGGGAAGGAUCUCUACAUCGAGUUCAGCGGAAAUUUGGUACCCGUAACCAAAUCGGGCGUGCAGUUAAAGUUUACCUUCAAAGCUUUCCGCCAGAAUCGUUUAUCUUUUCACGUAAAAGUAAAGGAUCCAUUAUCGGACCCUGUCGCUAGGAUGCUGUUCAUGAAAGAGCCAAAAGUUGCCAAAGGGGAACCGCCCCAGCAACCCAUUUGCGUCCUAAACAUCGUUCUUCCAGAAAUUACCACUAAGCUUGAAAUCCAGAAAACGACGAAAGAUUACGAAGAUUCGAACAUCAUUAGCCAGAAAUGGGAUACUUACGAAUCGAAAUACAAGAAGGAUCAAAAAGAGAAAAGCGACGAGCCGAAGGAAACCUCCCCUUCGGAAAAGAAAUUUAUUACCGACACUUUGGAAAAAGAACGAACAGAUGCUGUCACUAUCCACGAAUCCCUUGCGCAAAAAGCGGCUUGUUUCCUAGAAUCCGUAGAUGCUAGUUAUCCCAGUAAAGUAGUCGGCCAAGAGCAGGAUUUGUCGCCGGGUGUCGAGAGGCAAACGUAUUUCGAGAAGAGGAAGUUCUGGGAGGACAUAUCGAGAAAGCGGGAAAGUUACCAGCGAUCGGAAUCGGAAGUGUCGAGAUCGUCGCAGUUGACGAUCAACGAAAGCGAAACCGAGUACGCGCACAGUGGCGUCACGGAAGACAUGGCGGAAAUGGAGCAACGGGUCGAAACCUCCGAAACGAUGGAGGAUCUAAACGUGCCGGACAUCUCAGAAUGUUCGGUCGCUGAAAAGGCGCAAUAUUUCGAGGAACAGAUACAGAAAGAAACGACGAAACUCCCUGCGAAGACGCAAGAGACGGUGAAGCCUGAGAAAGAGAAACCGAAGCCUAAGGAUAAGGAGAAGAUGGACAAAGAGAAGAUCGAACCGAAGCGGGUGGAGAAGACGGAGGAGGUUUCUAAAGAAGAGAUAAGAACGGAGAUUGAAGCGACGGAGAAAAUGGACGAACCGGAAAUAUCGAAGAAAGAUCGAUCUCCGGAUAAACGGAAAGAGAAACCUGAUACGGAAAGUGUAAAACGUGUUGAAAAGAGUGAAGAGUUUGUGAAAAUGGAGGUAAAGGAAGUGACAGAAAGUGUGAAAGCAUUAGAGCAACGAAAAGAAGAGAAGAUUGAAGAAUCUCGGGUGAAGGAUGAAAAACCGAAGGUAGAAGAAGUGAGUAAAGUAGUAACAGAAGUAAAGACUGUAGUGGAAGAGAAACCGAAGGUAGAAGUGAGUAAAGUAGUAACAGAAGUAAAGACUGUAGUGGAAGAAAAACCGAAAGUGGUAGAAGAACUCAGUAAAGUAGUAACAGAAGUGAGAACUGUAAUAGUGGAAGAGAAACCGAAGGUAGAAGAUGCCAGUAGAAUAGUGAAAGAAGUAACAACUGUAGUCGUGGAAGAAAAACCAAAAGUAGAGGUAAAGGAAGUAAAAGCUGAAGUUGUAGAAGAAAAAGCAAAAGUGAAACAGGAUGUGAGAAAGAUUGUACAAGAAGAAGUAGUGGAAGAAAAACAGAAAGAGAUACAAGACUUGAGUAAAACAGAAGUUGAAGUAGUGGAAGUAAAACCAAAAGAGGUGCCUGAUUCAAGUAAAGUAGUGAAAGAAACAAAAGUUGAAGUAUCAGAAGAAAAAGUAAAGGUGAUAGAAGACUUGAGCAAAAUCAAAAAGGAAGAAAAGGUUGAACCAGAAGAGAAAGCAAAAGUGAUAGAAGAUACGAGUAAAAUUGUAAAGGAAGAGAAAGUUGAGGUGAUAGGAGAAACACCAAAAGUGGUAGAAGAUAUUAGUAAAAUUGUAAGAGAAGAAAAGAUUGAAGUCAUAGAGCAACAACCGAAAGUUAUAAAAGAAAUAAAAACCGAAGUAACGAAAGAAAUACCAAAAGUGACAGAAUCCAUUAAGGUAAUAGAAGAAGUAAAAGCUGUAAUUCCUGAAGAAAAACCAAAACUGACUGAAGAACCCACUAAAGUAGUAGAAGAAGUGAAAACUGUAAUCUUGGAAGAAAAACCAAAAGUCAUAGAAGAAACCGUGAAAAUAGUAGAAGAAGUAAAAGCUGCAGCUUCGGAAAAACCAAAAGUCAUAGAAGAAACCGUGAAAAUAGUAGAAGAAAUAAAAACUGCAGCUCCGGAAGAAAAACCAAAGGUGACAGAAGAAAUUACCAAAACUAUCGAAGAAGUAAAAACCGUAAUCGUGGAAGAAAAACCGAAAGAGAUACAGGAUUCCAUUAAACUAGUACAAGAAGUAAAAGCCGAAAUGAAAGAGAAGCCCAAAGAGAUACAAGAGUCCGUUAGAGUGAUAGAAGAAGCAGAAGUGGAAGAACCGGAAGAGAAGUCAAAAGAGAUACGAGAAUCGACUACAGUAGUGCAAUCAAUAAGACCUGAAAUACCGGAAGAGAUAAAGAAGAGGGAAGUAAUUAAAGAAAAAUCGAAGGAAGGUGGAAGGACGGUGAUAACCGAACAAACUACUAUUAUUUAUAAAGUACAAAAAGACGGUACGUUGGUGGAAGAGAAGGUAGUAAAAUCAGUACAAGUAGAGGGCGAAGGAAAAUUACCAGAAAUUCGCGAAGACAAGAAAGGCUCUCGAGAAGCUCGAUCGAUAGGAGACAUGGAACACGAGGCAGUCUCUCUGGCUGACGUUAAAAAAGAACUAGAAAAGUUCCUGGAAAGAAAGGAAAGAAUCGAAGCGGAGCUCAAAGAAGAAACAGCAGAAGAGGAAGAAAUUAAAGAAGAAAAAACCGAGAAGUUGGAAGAGAUGCCUCCACCAGAGCGCUUCGUUUCCGCAAAAACCAAAGAAGAAAUUCCAACGACGGCAAAAACACCGGCAGAUGGCGAACCAAAGCAAAUUAAAUUCGAGUCUCGCAUUCCCGUGUCGAUGGCAAAAAUGGACAAAGACAAAAUCGCAAAAGAUGCGAAACAAAAAGGAGACAAGCAGCCUCCGAGUAGAUCUCCCAGCGACAAGGAUUCCAACGGCGAAAAAGAAGAAGUGACGUCUCCGAGCGCAAAGAAAGAAUUCGAGUCCCGAAUCCCGAAGCGUAUCACUGAUACAAAAUCGACGGACAAGGCCGGGAAGAAAGACACUCGCGUGAAGAAGGAGAGCGAAACUUACACGAUAACGGAGAAGAAAUCGAGCGAAGAGGUGACUUCAAAAAUGGAGGAGCGUUCGACGAAGACCGAGACGUUCGCCAAGGCCUUCGGAGAUCGAGAGGCGUUCGAGGAUAAAGCAAAGAGCGAGUUUGCAACGGUGACCUCCAAAGUGGACCACAAGGUCUCCAGCACUCUGGAAGAGAAGGAGGUGGUGUCUUCCGAGAUCUCCAGCGGCACCGACCGAGUCAUCACCCUGAAGGAAAAGGAGCGAGUGGAGAAGAAGAAAUCCACGGAGUCGCGCUCGAAGAAAGAGUCCCCUACGGAAACCUUGGAGGAGAAGACGAGCAAACGCGAGGAGCUGGACAAAACUGCGAUUCAGAAGACGUCGAUGAAUCUGACGGACACAGAGCGAGUGAUAGACGCUGCUGCCUCAGAAUCUAGAGUCGAAGUAAAGAACGAAGAAACGUUCAAGAAAUUAUCGGACCAAGAAGGAGUUACGACGCACGAGGCGGGCAGUGCGAUAUCGAGAGAGAGCGACGCGGACGUGGCCAUUCGGAUAAAGAAGGACGUCUCCGAGAAGGUGGACCUGGACGCGAAGACGAUGGUGGAGAAACCGGAAGCGGAGAGGAGGUCUCCCGUGGAUCUAGGUCAAGUAGAGACACUCGUCCAAGGUGAAUCGUACAGAGAGACGAAGGAGAGCUUCGACGUAGCUCGGUUCGAGCCCAGCGAGAAGCCGAAGGACAAAGAAAGUCCGAAGGUGGAGAAGAGCGAGAAAGCAGAAAGCUUGGAGGAGCAGCAGAAGAGGAAAUUCAAAGAAAUCGAGGCCCGUACCAUAGCGGAGACCUUGAUUCAGUCGAUAGAGAGCGAGAUCGAAGCUAGAUCUGCGGAGGAGCUAAAGGCGGAGUUACUCGAGAAAGGAUACCUAGAACAGAUCAUGAGCGAUGAAAAAUUAGCCGACGAUCUGACUCGGAAGUUCGAAAGCAUGAUGAAGAAGGGUGAGGGGUACACAAGGUCUUCCAUACCCGAGGAAUCUCGCUCGUUGGAGUCCGCCAGGGAGAGCACGAGCAUCAGCGAGGACGUCACCAGAGACGAAGAGUCAUCUUCGAACGAGAAGGAAGAGAGCUUUCCGUUAUCUUCGUCGAGGGCCAGGCUGCAGGACCGGGACAUCACCGUGAGUCCCAGCAGCAUAUCCGAGCAGAUCGAAUUCGAGGAGACGAUCGACGUGGACGUGAACGAGUCGGAGAUGGUCUCGAAACCGACCUCGAGUCCGCAGUUCGAGAAGGAACUGUCGGAAUCGCGAACUCGCAGCGACGAUGUUAGUUUUCCUCGAGAUAAAAUCGUGUGCGAGCUUUCGGGCGCCAGAGUGCUGGAGAUUCUCGAGCCGGGAGCGGAUGUACGGUCCAGAGAGGACUCGGUGGACGUGCCGUCGUUGGAGAUGGACGAGCAGAAGAUCUCCGAGCAGACGAGCAGGGGUAUACCGUCCUUAAGGGAGAGUGCGGAAACGGAUUCGUUUGAGAGGUUGGUCCAGGAACGGGACAUUACGAUCAGUCCCAGCACCGUGUCCGAGGACGCGAACGCAGACUACUCUAUGGUCCAGGAGCUGUCCACGUCGCGGAAGGACCAGGAACCGCUGAGCAUAAGAAGGACGGACAGCUUCGAGAUCGAGAGUCCUCCGAUGGUCUCUCCGAAGCCGAAGGUACGCGGGUUGGAGAUCAAACCUGUCGACUGGAUGAUCGGCGACGAGAAGAUCGAGAUAUCAGAGACGCUGCAACCGUCCCAGAUUUUUGAUCAGGAGUUGGAGGCGUACGAAUCGACCAAGAAGAAGGAGCGACUGUCGUCUCAAGAUGGAUCCACCGACCGCGAACAGGAGUCGGGUACGAAAUCCUCGGAGGACGUUAGCGUAAUCGAGUCGGCGAGGGAGACCGUGUCCGAGGGUGAACGCAAAAGCUCCAAGUUUACGGUCAUCUCCGUCGCCGAGCCGGACUUGGACAACGAGCUGGUGGAGAAUAAGCUGGACGUCAGUUGCCAGGAACUUGUGGACGCGUUGCAACGUGAGUACGACGCGAAGACACCGAUCAAGGAGUAUGUGGAAAGCAUGGAGCAGGAGACGAAGGUCAGCGAAGAGGUGCAAUCGGAGAAAAGUGAGAAGACGGCUUCGAAAGAGGAUAAAAAGAUUCCAGAAGAGCGAGGGGGUAUAGCGGUGCCUACCGAGCUGCAUAUCGAGAAAGCCGUCGAUCGACCGAGUGCAAAGACGGUUAAAGAAGAAGUCACAGUUGUGUCCACCGAGAGCGCUGAAGAUACUCAAACUGAACAGAAAGAGAAAUCAUCAAAAGAGGAGGAAAAAGUGAAAGAAGAAAAGGUGAGCGAGACAAUAGUGGAGGUUGAAAGAACGGUCAAAGUCGGUGACGCCUUGAAGGAAUGGACGGAGGCUUACCUAUCGAAGAUGAAACCUUUAGGUGACGAUUACAAGAGACACAUGGAGAAGUCCACGGACAAACACGACAAACCUGGAAGAUCCACGACGACGAUUCCUUCCGACGCUUGUGCCUUUAAGAUAAAGAAAGACGACCUGAACGUCGAUCUGAGCGCGCGUUACGCCAUAACUGUUCUGGAUCAGGUGGUCAAGAAGGAGAUCGACGAGGUGAAGGAGUCCUUGGAAGCAGCUAGGCAGGACCUGAUAGAGGAGCUGAGCGAGAACAGCGAAACCGUGAUUCAGAUCAAGGAUUCCCCUUCGGAGUUUCGGUUCAAGAUUCAACCGGAGUCCAUCCCGAACGACCUACCCUUUUUGUACGAGUCGUCGUUUCCGGAACACGCGCUGGAACCCGAGGCGGAGCCAGUGAAAGCAGAGUCUCCUGUCACUACGUCCGAGCAACCGUCCACGUUCGAGACCAAGGACGUCUCCGAGGGCAAAGGGGAUGCGGAAGAAUCCGCCCCCAGCAGCGUUGAAGAACCCGUAAUCGCGACGAAAGAAGAGAUCCUCGUCAUGAAAGUCGAGAAGCCUGACAUAGAGGCGAUAACCGUCCAGGACGACGCGAAAGACGAAGAGGACGAGCACCCUAGUCCAAUAGCCGCCAGUAGGUCCGGUUCGGACGUGGACAACAAGGACGAAAGUUCCUCUUUGGCUCUGCCGCGUCCGGUACUCAUGAGACGGAAGAAACCCGGCCGGGGUUCGAAGAGAGUCACCUCAGAAAGCGAUUUGGACCUUGGCUCCAGCUCCGGGGAGAGCAGCAAUUAUCAGUCCUGCGAUUACGAGAUCGGUAGCGGGAGUAGACCUAGCUCCUCCGAUGUAGAAGCUUUCCAGUCGUGCGGAGUGCCUUCGGCGACGGCUUCUGAGUAUGAAACGGCCGCCAUGUCGAUCGAGCACUCCACCGCCUCGAGACCCACUUCCCAGGAAUACCACACGGCCGCCACAACCAUGAGCUCCCGCGAGUCCAUGAAGUCGUUGGCGUCCUUCAGCUCUGGUCAUCUAGGCAGCAUCGAUAGCACCAGUGAGUUGUCGGAGACUCUGGUGCCUUCCGAGACGGACGCAGAGAAGGAGGAAGCCGAAGAGAAUCUAAAGGGAGUCCUUGACGAAGAACACACUGAUCGGUCGGACUCCUCCGGCAGCGACAUACCGAUCGACGAGCCGAUAGGCGCGAUCGAGGGCAACAUACCCUGUCGCAUGAAGCGAUCGUCGGAGAUGAUCUUCCCGCAGGCGAUCGAAGACGCUGACCUCGACAGCGGCUCCGAGAAGACAUCGCCGGUCAAGGACGCCAAGGGGAUAGACUUCGCAGCGUCCACCGUGACUGCCUCACCCGGUGCACUUCGGUCCGUGGACAUAAUGACCGCUCGAGUGUCCGAGGACGGCGUGCAGAGCGUGUGCACCCAGGUAAUCUCGGUCCAAGCUACCAUGGAGUCCACAUCCACUGUUACGAGGGUCGCCAGCGAGGUGUUCGACGCGGAGGUCAUUGAGAAGGACGUGGAAUCGGAAUUCCUGAACCAGCGGUCUGUUACGGAGGGCAUAUCCAGUGAGAGUCCUGAAAUGUCCGCGCAGACGGCCACCAUCUCCAUGACGCAGCAGGCGAGCAUGUCCACGUCCUCGACGUCGGGCGUGUCUGUCGAUACGGUAAUGGGUAAAGAAAAAUCGGACCGUCAUUCGCCGGACAGCGAUUCGUUCGAGAUGAUCGACAAGCCAGACAUCACCGAUGACUUCGUGGUCGUGGAAGAAGUGGGCCGUGAGGCUGAAGAGUAUGACUCCGAGGGCAAGAGUAUACGCAUCAGCGCAGUUCCGCAGACUAGUAGCAAACUUUACGACCGGGACCUUGAGAACCUGGUGUCCAAGGACAAGGAAGAUCCACAGGCGUCGGCGAUGGUUAAAGUGUCGAAGAAUAACGAGCUGUUCGACUUCGAGUCUGAGGAGAGUCCUCCGCAAGUCUCCAACGACGAUCAGUAUUCCCAGUCGUACUCGGACGAGGAGCAGUACGAGGGCGGGAAGAAGUGGAUGGAGAUGCAGUUCCAUGCGGACGCCAGGGUAUACGACAUCGAGUACGACCGUGGCCCCCUCGAGGACAUCAAGGAGGAAGAGAUCACCGACUUCGAGGCUGGGAGCAGUAGGUUCGGGAGUCUGGGUAGCCACAAGGAGUCCAUAGGUAGCGUGGGUAGUAUGCGAGGUAGUCUAGGCAGCACUCCCGAUUACGACGUCCUAGCGGGCAAGAAGUACUUCUCGAGGCCGUCCGAUCACGACAACGUGUCCUUGAGUUCGUUGCAGGAGUUCGAGCACUUGGAGAGCACGGUUGCUGCGGAAAACUCGAGGAAGUUCCAGUGUGGAUCGCAUGAUUCUGUGAACAACGGCAGCCUUCCACGAAGAUACGCGGCGAGCAGGUCCGGCCACGGGGACGACGUAUCUCUGUCUUCGCUGAAGGACUUCGAAGGGUUGGAGAAGGCUUGCAGGGAGGCGCACCUGAUCGAGCUGCGCGCCAGGGAGGAGGAAGACUUGCUGGAGCACGAGAGUCCGGAGAACAAGUACAAACUGGAGAGCCUGGUGCGGACGAGGGUGGACGCGAGUGCUGCUGGGUCGUUCAACGCGAGCGCGUCCGGGUCGGACGACUACGAGAAGAGGAUCAAGGAGAUCGACGAGAUCAUACGCAUAGCACAAUCGAACGUAGAGAAAUUCGAUCGCCAGGACGACACAACAGAGGACAUCUCGCAGAUAGAGAUCAUGGAUGUGGAGAAGACGGAGGUGCAGACGAUGGCGCAGGUCGUUCCCAAGCAGGAGACGCCGGAAGCUGGGCCGCUCCAGAGGGACACCAACAUUAUGGAGACCAGCACAGACUCCCUUGAGCUGGAAGACAACGCGGAUAAGAAACGCCAUCCUCUCUGUCGAAGCUCCGAUUCCCUAGAAAUGAAGACCACUUUGGAUUAUCCUUCGCUGAGCUCCGAUUCCCUGAACAACGUGCGGGAUGCGAAGGAGACCCAGUCGGACCUCACCGGUCAGGCCAGCAGCGUCAGGCGCAUCUCCUCGGACUCGCUGGAUGUGCCUUUACUCGAUCAACCGGAAGCCGAGAGUCGCGGAAGAAGCAACGACGACGAUCCUUCAGACAAUUCUUUAGAGCAGAAGUCCGAGAGGGAAACCGACGCCAGAAGCGACGAGAAGAGGGCGGCAUCGAGCACCGAUACGUAGGAAUACUCGCGCGGGCGUUGAAACCAUUGAACGCCGAACGAUCCGUUGCUUCGAAGCGUCCAACUAAACUUUCCAAGUUCUCUCUUCUUCAAUAUGGUUUACUUCGGUUUGUUCGGGGCGAAUUUGUUACGGAUAAACGUGAGAAAGAGAUCAAUGUGCUCGGGCGUCGUUGUGCGGGCAUUCGCGCGUUUGUUUUUGGUAAUUAUUGAGAUAAGCCCGAUUUUAUCGAUUUUCGAGUGUAUUGUUAAGAUCAGUAUUCCAAGUAUUUUUUUUCUGUAUAAAAGUUUCAAGCUUGAGAUACUUGAGUCUGUUCAGUAAAAUAAUUAAUUAUAAGACACGUUUUGUUAAUUUUGAUAAUCUUAAGGUUAACAUGUUGAGUUGUUUUAUCUAUUAGAUUAUGUGUACAGUAAUACCUAUUGUUUUAUUGUUAGUCUUUAUAUUCAUAAAACAUAUUUCAUUAAUAUUCGAAAAUAUUGAUUUUUAUAAUAUACUUCAGAGUCAUUGAAAUCGGUGAUUGCCCCAAUUCUCAAUAAUUAUCUUGUCUUUCUUUGUUUUCUUUCAAUGAUAUUUACUUUUGUUACGCUCGAGUAAAACGAUUAUCUUUUAAAUACAGUAUUGGAUUGUAGUAUUAAUACAGAUGUUUCAGUAUGAAAUUGUAUAAUUUGGAACAAAAUAUUAUAGUUAACUUAAUGUUUUUUUUUAAUUAAUCAGAACAGGAGUAUUAACAGACUGUAUGUAAUAUGUUCUUUUAUUAUAACUUUCAAGCAAUUCAAUUUUAAGUUACGAUUUUUGGAUUCAAUCGUUAAUUGUGUAAAUGAUUUGAAACUUUCCAAGUAACUUGAUUUAUUCAAAUUAAUAAGCUAUUUUAUACUGAAAUAUUUAUGCUAAUACUUUCGUCCAGUACUGUACAAUAUCGUUACCGAUAAUAUCGCGUUAAAUAACGCGAAUUACGCUUAAUUAUUUCGCGCUCGAUUCGUAUCGAAUAUUCGUCGACUGCUCGGAUAUUCGAAUGUUCGCGGUAAUUCGCGACGCGGCGAUUCGUUUAGGAAUGUAAAAUUGUACUUCGAAUGUUUAUACGUCCUAUAUAUUAUAUGAUACUAUUGUAUAAUGUCAUGUUUUGUAAAGUUUUCGAUUGUAAAGCGUCUUUUUGACUACGUUCUUUUUUAACGCGUCGAUCAUUACACGAACGCUUCACGUUGCGCGACUAAUUUUGUGGAACGUUUACGAGUUCCAACAACUGGUUAUUCUUAAUCGCGAGUGUUCAUGCGAGAACAAAUAAUAUGUAUCUAUCGAUUAAAUAGGAGAAUUUUAUAUACGAACCGUAACGUUUCGAAUAUUAGCAGGAUACUAACGAAAUGAUGCGUUCUCUAAUCUAUAUUAUGCAACGCGUGCGCGCUAAUGUCGUAGGCAAUUUUGUACGCGACACUUUAAAUCGAUGUAAGCGAUUGCUUUGAUCUUUUUUGCUAACGAUAAAUUCGAUGUAUUCGAUCCACUGUACGAGUUCUGUGUUCUGUCAACGAUUUAAGGAUGUCUUUCGUUUAUCUUGAACAUGUUUUCUUUUUGUCCAUGAAAAUAUAAAACUUUAAGAAUUAAAUAUUGGUCUCUUCAAUGGUACCUUUAUCCUACGUAUUCUAUCUUUCAAUAAAUGUUCUUAACAUGGUCGUAAACUACUGAAUAACUGUCUAUUUAUGAGUACAGUUAUCCGCCACUAACUUAAUCGAAUCGAAAAUAUGACAUUACGUGAGGUGACCACACGUGGUUUCCGAUAUCAUUUCACGGAAAGUAAUUCAAUGAGAGUUUAGUAAAAAGAGAAAUUGUAUCGAGUAACCGAAGAAACCGCCGUU